CGCAAACGUGCACUUCAGUCAAUCGCAGGCGUUCAAGGCGCGACCACGUUUCUUAUUAAGAAUCGGUAAGGAAAAGAAUAACUAUGUCGCAUUCGGUAACUAUUAGAACUCAAACGGUAACGAGUAGUUCUACUGCAGUUAUCAUCAAUACUGGCUACUUAAGAACGUGGAGCGGCUCAUUUAAAUUAUUUGAAUUAAUACUUGGAAUAGUAUGCGUAGGAAUAGUAGGACAUCACAUUUCUUCUCAGAAUUAUAUAUAUGCUGCAGAGCUGUUUUUCUUUUUAAUGACGACAACAUUUAUGAUUGGUACUUUUAUUUUGCUUUUAAGUUGUUUAGCCUCUCUUUCAACAUCUUCUAUCAUCGCAAAGACUACUUAUGAACUCCUUUACCAUUCAAUAGCAUUUGGAUUAUAUCUAGCAGCAUCGUUAACAUACAUAGUACAUGUAUCUAAUAUGAAACGUUACAAUGAAUAUGAAGUAUUGAUGGCGGCAGCAAUUUGUGGAUUGGUAAAUUCAGCAUUAUAUCUCCUCAGUACAAUUAUUGCUCUCCGCACAUACAGAGGACUUUGAAUAUUGUACCUUAUACAACCAAUUUUUAAUAUUUUCGAAUAUUUGAAAGUUGGUUAUCAUAUAUUUCAUAUAUAUAUUUCAUAAAUUAUCAUUAAUAUUUUGAUACGAAUCAUAUAUAAAAAUUUUUAUAUAUAAUGAUUUUUAA